AAAAUAGAUUAUUAUUUAUACAGUGAAAAAUUGCAGCAUGUUGCUGUGCAGAGCGACCUGGGUGUUCUUGUGUAUGAAUCUUAAAAAGGUGGUUUUUAGAUGCAGUGAUUGAUUUAAGAAGGCAAGUAGAAUAUUGUCUUCCCUUGCUCGAGGGAUGAAGUUUAAAGACAGGGAGGUUAUGCAGCAGCUAUGUAGGGUGCUGGUGAGGCCACACCUGAAGUACUGUGUACAGUUUUGGUCUCCCUCCAUGAGAAAGAAUGUACUGGCACUGGAGGGAGUGCAGAGGAGGUUCACUAGAUUGAUUCUGGAGUUGAGAGGGUUGGUUUAUGAAGAGAGAUUGGGUAGAGACUAUACUAAGUAGAAUUUAGAAAAACUGAGGAGGGGAGAGGAAGGAAGGACUUAUACAAGAAUAUAUAAAUUCAGAAGGGAAUAUAUAAGAUAGAGGCAGGGAGGUUGUUUCCACUGGCAGGUGAAACUAGAAUUGGGGGCAAAGCUCAAAAUAAGGGGGAGCAGAUUUAGGACUGAGUUGAGGAAGAACUUCUACACUCAAAGCGUUGUGAAUCUGUGGAUUUUCCUUUCCAGUGAAGAAGUUGAGACUACCUCAUUGAAUGUUUUAAGGCAAAGAUAGAUUUUUGAAUAGUAAAGGAAUUAAGGAUUAUGGUGAGUGGGUGGAUAAGUGGAACUAAGUCCACAAAAAAGAUUAGUCAUGAUCUUAUUGAAUGGCGGAGCAAGCUCAAUGGGCCUACUCCUAUUCUUAUUUCUUACGUUCUUAUGAAUAAAGUACAAGAAUAAACUUGCGGGGAAUAUACAAACUGAUUCUAAAAGCUUUUAUGGCGAUGUAAAGUGAAAAAGCUUGGUGGAAACAAUUACAUUCAGAAACAGGGGAAGUUAGAAUGGAGAACAAAGAAACGACAGACCAACUAAAUCCAUAUUUUGGUUCUGUGUUGCAAAGGAGGACUCAAUAACAUCCCACAAAUGGUGGGGAACACAGGACCAAAUGAGAGAGAGGAAUCCAAGAAAAUCACUGUUCGUGGGGAAAUGGUGUUCGGGAAAUUGAUGGGACUAAAGGCGGUUAAAUCCCCAGGGCCCGAAAAUCUACAUCCCAGAGAACCCUAAGAAAGUGGCCCAAGAAAUACUGGAUGCAUUGAUGAUCAACUUUCAAGAUUUCAAAAUAUAAAAUUUUGAAAGGACCAGACAGGGUAAACACAAAGAAUGUUCCCGUUUACCAGGGAGUCCAGAACCAGAGGUCGCAGUUUAGGAUACAACAUGGGCCAUUUUGGACCGAGAUGAGGGGAAAGUUCUUCACCCAGAGAGUGAUGAGCCUCUGGAGAUCUCUGCCACAGAAAGUGGUUGAGACGAAAACAUUGAAUUGUUUCAAAAAAGAGUUCUGUGUGGUUUUAAGAUCUAAAGCGAUAAGAAGGUAUGGAGAGAAAACAGGAAUUGGACAGUGAGUUCGAUGAUCAGCCUGAUCAUAUUUAAUGGUGGAGGAUGCUGGAAGUUCUGAAUGGCCUAAUCCUACUCUUAGUUUCACUGUUUCUAUGUAGUUCAGUUCAUUCCCACAAUGCAUUCAACUGGAAUAAGUGCUUUCUAAAAUGAAGACUGUUGAAAUGAGAUUUUGAUCUAAAAUAUCAGUUAUUCCUAAUGAACCAUAUAUAGUAUUUUUCUAAAAUGUUUGCAGUUUUUUAGCACCUUUUAAUAUAAUAAAAAUUCCCAUUUGCAAUCCACUGCAUUCCAGGAGAUUAUCACUCAAAAAUUGAUACUGAGAUCAAGAAGAUGGCCUAAAUGCAAGUGAUCAAAAAUCUGGCCAAGGAGAUCAAUUUUAAGGGGCAUCUUAGAAGACAUGCAUAGAGGUACUCCAGGUGUUGGAAAGACUACCCUUGGUAAAGAGUUGGCUGGAAGAACUGGAUUGACAUACAUUAAUGUGGGAGAACUUGCAAAAGAAGGUAAUCUUUAUGAAGGCUAUGAUGAAGAAUAUUCAUGUCCCAUUCUGGAUGAAGACAGGGUGGUUGAUGAACUUGAAGAUAAAAUGAGUGAAGGUGGGAUAAUUGUAGAUUACCAUGGUUGUGACUUCUUUCCGGAGCGCUGGUUCCACAUUGUGUUCGUACUUCGUACAGAUAAUUCAAUUUUAUAUGACCGAUUGGAAAACAGGAGUUACAGUGGAAAGAAACUUGAGGACAACAUACAGUGUGAGAUUUUCCAGACUAUAUAUGAAGAAGCUAUGGAGUCAUAUCGGGAGGAAAUUGUCCAUCAGUUACCCAGUAAUACACCUGAGGACCUGGAGAGAAAUUUGGAUCAAAUCAUACAAUGGAUUGAACAGUGGAUGAAAGAUAACAAUUGAAUGUUAGCAAUUGUAAAUGUCCUUGUACUAAAACAAAGGACUUGUGUAUAAAUGGCAAAUAUAAUCUGACAUAGCUGAUUUCAUUGAACUGUCUUUACAGUGGUAUUUUCAGCAGCAGAUAAAACAAAGGACUUUUAGGCUAUAUAAAGAUUUAAUUAAUUGUCAAAUAUUUACAUUUAAAAUUCA